CAUAUGUCAAUGUCAUGUCUAUUAAAUUAGGUUACAGGUUACUGUUGCUUUCUGAAAAUGAAUUUCGUAUCAAACCUUGUGAGGAAUACUUUCUUACAUACAAUAAAGGUUCAGUUAGGUACUGUUCGAUUAGCCAGUAAAAAAGCAAAGGGAAGUACUAGGAAUACUAGUCCAAAAGUGAGACCUAAGCAUAGAGGUUGGAAAGUCCAAGAUGGUCAUUAUGUACACCCAGGGCACAUUCUAGUCCUACAACGUCAUUUACGCUUUCACCCGGGACUAAAUGUUGGUCUAGGUAGAAAUGGUACGCUAUUCGCUCUCACGCAUGGAAGAGUAGCAGUUACAUGUGAAAAAACGAAUCCAGAUUGGACCCAUACAUGGGUGCAAAGAUGCCAUGGCCAUCGAAAAGGCACAGAUUUUUUCAAGAAGUAUUUCAACAUUAUACCAGAGCCGCAACAUCAAAAUUUCAAACUUGUUGAUCAGAUCUGAUAACAUUACUUUGUUUCAUAAAUGUAUUGAUAAUUGGUGGAUUUUAUCAACAGGAUUGUACUCUUCACCCCUUGAUGAAUAUGAAGCAACAAUAUUCACCACUAUUUUAAUGUACAAAGAAUAUGUCACUGAUAAACUGUUAUUAAAUACAUGAAAAUACAAAACAAUGUAGUGAAUAUAUCUGUUCUCUUUCGUCA